GAGGUUUUCUGUGACAUGACGACAGAUGGAGGAGGGUGGACGACAAUUCAGAAAAGAGAAGAUGGCUACUUGGAUUUUUACAGGACAUGGAACGAGUACAAAGAGGGGUUUGGGAAUGUCUCUAAGAACUACUGGCUAGGAAAUGAUGCAAUCUAUGAGUUGACAAAGAACAAGGACCAGGAACUCCGAGUUGAGCAACAAAGAUUUAAUGGUGUUAAAGCAUACGCUCUGUACUCCACAUUUUAUGUGGGGAACGAAGACAGUAAAUACAAACUCACUGUGUCGGGGUAUUCAGGAACCGCAGGUGACGGUUUGACUAGUUUUCACAAUGGUAUGAAAUUCACAACAAAAGACCAGGACAAUGACAAUUAUGGAAGUAACUGUGCUACAGACUUUCACGGAGCCUGGUGGUACAGCACCUGUCACCAAUCAAACCUUAACGGUCAGUAUGCACAAUCUGGUGUGUCUGGUCCUAGAUACCCGGUAUGGCAUCACUGGAAAGGAUGGGAAGCAUUAAAACAGACUGUGAUGAUGAUCAGACACAAGAACUAGAGAUAAUUUAUAAUCAGAUCUGAUAUAUCAUUACAAAUCUGAUAUUUUAUUUUUGUCAAACAAACAGAAACUUCUUCUUGUUUUCAUAUUGAAGUACAUAUUUUAGACAAUUACAGUAAGUUCCUUCUUCUUCAAUAUUUCUACCAUUGAAUUAGAUUGUUAACAAUCAUGUUUU